AUGAAUCAUCUGUUAUGUUAUGUGUUUUCAGGCUGGUACAAUCGCCUCUACAUCAACUUCACGCUGAGACGCCACAUCUUCUUCUUUCUGCUGCAGACAUAUUUUCCUGCCACACUCAUGGUCAUGCUGUCAUGGGUGUCCUUUUGGAUUGACCGCCGGGCUGUGCCAGCGAGAGUUUCCCUGGGCAUCACUACUGUGCUAACCAUGUCCACCAUCAUCACUGGUGUGAAUGCAUCUAUGCCUCGAGUAUCUUACAUCAAGGCAGUGGACAUUUACCUCUGGGUCAGCUUUGUCUUCGUCUUCUUAUCGGUGUUGGAGUAUGCUGCAGUUAACUACCUGUCCACUGUCCAGGACCGUCGGGAACGGAAAAUGAGAGAGCGCGCACGAUCCCAGUCACUGCCCUGCACAUGUGGUAUUUCCCAGACAAGAACCAUGGCAAUGUUAGAUGGCACCUAUAGCGAGGCCGAUACCAACAGUCUUGCUGGCUACACCGAAGAGCCAAUGGUGCCGGAGGAGGAGCAGGAAGAAAUGCACGAUGUGUCCGAAAAAACAGAACAUAUGGUGGUUCACCUGUCAGUGAGCAGUGAAUCCACCACCACGAAGAAGAAGAAGAGUCUACGUACCCUAAACAUCAUCCAAAACACGCAUGCCAUUGACAAAUACUCGCGUAUGAUUUUUCCAGGGUCGUAUAUUUUCUUCAAUCUUAUCUAUUGGUCUGUCUACUGCUGAACACACACCCGGUUUAGGGCUGCAGUGAUGGAAAAUGUCACAAAGACGGAAUACAAGCUUCAUUAAAAUGUUACAAUUCCGAACUAAUUAAAAGUGACUCUUGGGCCCUAUGUUUGGUGCUUAAGAUCAUGGACAGUGACUGAACACAACAUAAAUCAGUUACAAUGCAAUACAAUCGACAUUGAAUUGGUGCUGGAUGGCAACUUCUCACACACGCACACACACACACACACACACAC